CCCUGAGAGUCCCGAAAUGAACCAAAUCUGCCGACAUCUUGAUUUUGGACAUCUGUUCCCCAGAACCAUGGGAGAAUAAACUCCUGCUAUUUAAACCACUCAGUCUGUGGUAAUUUCUUAUGGCAGCCCCAGGAAACAAAUUCACACCACUAAAUGAAAAUGGAUCCCUGUCUAUCAAUAUCAAUAUCAAUAAAUAUCAAUAUCAACACUAAUGUUUAUAUACAGGGAAGAUAAUGACCUUAGUUUUCCAGUUCUUAAUAGCAUACUGAAUAAUUGUGCAUGAUUGCAUUUCAGGUAUGUAAAAUAAUAAUUGUUUGUUCACUAAUUUUCUUCCAAUCACCAUUUUCUCCUUCUCUCCCUCUCUUUUUUUUCUUUUUGGUUUUAGAUCAUUAUAGGUUUUACAAUGGACUCUCUUGUUGCAGCAAACACCAAAUUUUGCUUUGAUCUUUUUCAAGAGAUAAGCAAAGAUGAUCGUCAUAAAAACGUAUUUUUCUCUCCCCUGAGCCUCUCAGCUGCCCUUGGUAUGGUCCGCUUGGGGGCUAGAAAUGACAGUGCACAUCAGAUUGAUGAGGUACUACACUUCAACGAGUUUUCCCAGGAUGAAAGCAAAGAACCUGACCCCUGUCUGCAAAGCAACAAACAAAAAGUGCCGGCUGACAGCUCUCUGGAGGGGCAGAAGAAAACGACAGAGCCUCUGGAUCAGCAGGCUGAGUCCUUAAACAAUGAGAGUGGGCUGGUCAGCUGCUACUUUGGGCAGCUUCUCUCCAAAUUAGACAGGAUCAGGACUGAUUACACACUGAGUAUUGCCAACAGGCUUUAUGGAGAGCAGGAAUUCCCAAUCUGUCAGGAAUACUUACAUGGUGUGAUUCAGUUUUACCACACGACAAUUGAAAGUGUUGAUUUCAGAAAAAACACUGAAAAAUCCAGACAAGAGAUUAACUUCUGGGUUGAAUGUCAAUCUCAAGGUAAAAUCAAGGAACUCUUCAGCAAGGACACUAUUAAUGCUGAGACUGUGCUGGUCCUGGUGAAUGCUGUUUACUUCAAGGCCAAAUGGGAAAAUUAUUUUGAUCAUGAGAACACAGUGGAUGCACCUUUCUGUCUAAAUGAGAAUGAAAACAAGAGUGUGAAAAUGAUGACGCAAAAAGGCCUCUACAGAAUUGGCUUCAUAGAGGAGGUGAAGGCACAGAUCCUGGAAAUGAGGUACACCAAGGGGAAGCUCAGCAUGUUCGUCCUGCUGCCGUCUCACUCUAAAGAUAACCUGAAGGCUCUGGAAGAGCUUGAAGGGAAAAUCACCUAUGAAAACAUAGUGGCCUGGAGCAGCUCAGAAAACAUGUCAGAAGAAUCGGUGGUCCUGUCCUUCCCCCGGUUCACCCUGGAAGACAGCUAUGAUCUCAAUUCCAUUUUACAAGACAUGGGCAUUACAGAUAUCUUUGAUGAAACGAGGGCUGAUCUUACCGGAAUCUCUCCAAGUCCCAAUUUGUACUUGUCAAAAAUCAUCCACAAAACCUUUGUGGAGGUAGAUGAAGAUGGCACCCAGGCAGCUGCAGCCACUGGGGCUGUUGUCUCGGAAAGGUCACUACCAUCUUGGGUGGAGUUUAAUGCCAACCACCCUUUUCUCUUUUUCAUUAGACACAACAAAACCCAAACCAUUCUCUUUUAUGGCAGGGUCUGCUCUCCUUAAAAGGGAAGCAUUGUCUAGUACUUUAGAGCUGGAGGAAAAUGUCAGUACAAUCUUCCCCUGGCAUAAGAUGGGCAUUUGAGUUUUUGGUAAUAUCUAAAGCAUCCCCUUCAUCCUCCAGCCAUCAGCCUGUGCUUAUCUUCAUCUUUCCUUCACCCUGUAGCUUAUUUUCGUCUGAGUCUGUUAGUAUUGAAGGGCUAUUGUUCUCUACCCUAAACUUUCAAGCGUAUAGAUUCACCCUCUGUGACCUGAAGGUCAACACAAUUCAGAACAGUACCUACCUCCUUUCGAAGGAAUCCUAAAAGUUCAGGUCAUUAGACCAUUUCUAAGAGAUAGCAAACUCAGAAGCCACUUUAACAUGGGCAGCAAGAGAACAUGUGUGACUGGAAUAUGUUUGGAAACUCAGCUCUCUUUCUGGGGUAGUUAUGAUUGUGGUCAUCACUGGGCAAGAUGCCCUGUUUCUUCCUUUGACAGCUACUGCAUGGAAGAUGUCCUGUGAGGUCUUUUCACCUAGGAGAAGGUAGGGCUUGGGUGUAUUUAAGUGAUAGCUCAAAGACAUAUGAAUGCCCCCAACCAGCACUCACUUCGCACAGAGCAGGGGAAUGAUAUUUGUCUUGUGAUUUUGAUACUGACCCAGGAAAGUGGCUAGUGGAUUUAGAGGAGGUUUAUCUCAGUUUUCCUUGUUGGGUCCCCCAACAUUAUCAUCAAACACUUCCCUCUGUCUCUCCUCCCACUAGCUCCAAGAAUUCCCACCUGUGGCUAGUUCCUCUUACACACCCAGCACAGGCAGGUGUGGAGAGGAAUGCUGCUGCCAUUGUGGAUGGCUGGCCUCCUUGUGCUCCUCUCUCUGCCUUCUGGCCAGGUGGACUUUUGUGUCUUCCCAGAGGUCUCAUUCCAGGCCACAUGGUGAGAACAGGCUUGAGCCUGGGCAUGGUGUCCAUAGAAAUGCUUGUUGGCUGGGCAUGGUGGCUCAUGCCUGUAAUCCCAGCACUUCUUGGGAGGCCAAGUCAG